CUCAAUCAUGUCAAUCGGAAGAAGCCCUCGCAGUACCACUUACUUGGUUCAUCAUUUGGAUGCCAACCCGCUCAUGGUGGCCUCUGAUGUUACUGAUGCCAUGGGUCUUAAGGCCCCUGAGAUCUCGCUCUCAAAGUUCCGUUGGGAACAGACGCAACAGCAUCACAACCAAGCAUUGCAGUCAGGAUUUGUGCAAGGAAUUAGGAACGCUUCGCUAAACCCCGAGGGCUUCGGUAAAUACACGAUGAAGAACAGUUUUACGAAAACAUAUUUCCAGGAUUUAAAACUACAUACACAUAAUUAUGCAAAGCUUUGGCCAUGGAUUGGAAAGGAGAUUGCAGCAGAUACAGGCAAUUUCGGUGUUUACACCCAAUGGGAGAACUUUAACCCUGACAGUUCUGGAGUAAUCAAGUACGAAUCAUUGAUUGACAGGACUGAAGCCCAAGGGGUAAUAAACAGAAACGAGGCGCUGCAAGUCUACACGAAGAGCAUGAUGGGAGAGGUCAACUUCUUUGACUCCAUCAAAACAAUUUAGAAUAAGUUCAGUUGAAAAAAAAUAUGUUUCAAAAGAUCGCUCAUUCGAUAAUAUUUACACCUCAACUUCCAUUCCUUAAAUGAACUGCCUUUCGGCAAUUGCGUUCAUCAAUCGAUGAACGCAACAUCUUCGGAUAUGUUCGGAUCGUAAUUCAUUGCAUAACAAUAUACAUGAAAGCUAUUGAUCUUGUUUUUGGUUGUAUUGUGUCUGCAGGUCCCGUAAAAUAUAGAUCAACAUUUUUAAAAGUGUUGGUUUAUUAUACUUUAAAUAUAUUGGUACCAGAAGUGUUUUAAUUUUACGUUUUAAAGUGAUUUCAAGUGGUUUCUCUUUUCCCGCGUUAUUGUGACGUCAUUUGAAAAAAUGUUUCCGGUUAUAGUCGGGUCGUUCUAUUUACAGAAUGGUUAAGAACGGAUUACUGAAAGGUUUUCUUAAAUGAAAUAAAGCAUUUUUUUAACAAUUCUUGAAUGAAAUAAUGAAAUAUUGGUGUACAUAUAAGGAAUGAAUUGCGGGGUUGAUGUCAUUAUCGGGAAUCGGACUCCACACACAUUGACCAACCCAAUUGCGUUCAUACCCCGAUAAUGACAUCAAUCCCGCAAUUCAUUCCUUAAUUAAAUCUAUGUCAAACGUUAUCUGAAUGGGUUUAAUGCAGAUAGCUUGCAAUUAUUAGUACGUCAACUAUAUGAAUUACCGAUAUUUGUCGGGUUAAUCAGCUAUGUUCGUAUGGAGCGGUCAAUGCUAGCGCAUUUUAUACAGAAACGAUAGUGAUUGUGUUAAAGUAUCAAUAGUUUAUCAAAAUGUAAUGAAAGAAGAAAAAAACAUAUUUUAUUUUGACACUUUAUUAGAAAAGUUGAUUGUUUCCAGUGGAAAAAUAAUAACCUGAAGGAGACUGUAAAUUGUUUUGUAGCCGAAUAAAAAACAAGACUGGGUAAUCUAUUUUCCUUCCAAUUUGGAGUUUGUGUCUUGGAUUGUUUUAGCUGCAAGGUCCUUUAUUUUUAGUUGGGAUUGUUUGAUUUUCAAACGUGAGAUCAGCGUUCAUUUGAAACAUAUAGUAAAACUCACUGAGGUCUCAUGCCUCCUGUGUAUUCUUUAUUAAAGUAUUGCAGAGUAAAGACGUCUUGUGCUUUGCAGGUCUCCCACUCGUUCUGGGUCAAUUUUUAUCUUAAGUAAACAAACCCAAGACUGUACCAUCAUAAAACACAUUGUGUUUCAGUACAUAAGUAAUACUUUAUUAUGGGCUAUUAUUUACGCAUAUCAUUCUAUUUGACUUUGUUAUACGUCUUUUUAUUCCAGUUGUCAUUAACGUUAGACUAUCUCCAAUAUUUGAGGCAAUAAAGUAUUAAUUUGUACUGAAAUUUGGAUAAUUACCAACUAUAUUUGUUAUAAUCUUUAUGUAUUUAUAUAUAUAUAACUUGCA